UAAAAUUGAAGAUUAUAUAAUAGUUAUUGUUAAACUAACUGGUGAACAAUAAGUUUGACCUAGGCUGGGAUUGGUUAUUUUAAAAGGAAGAUACAUCAUGGUAGGAGGAGAUCUGGUUGUAUAAAAAGGAUGUAAAACAUAAUUCGAAGAAGCUCUCUGUGUUUCUUUAUGGUACUGGAGACCUCCCGUAGGCCUACGUACAUGAAAAGGAUUAUUGAUUAAAAGAGAAUAAAAAGAUUAUUAGAAGAAAUCAUAAUUUCUAGUCUUUAUUCUUACAUUGCCGACUCACCCACCAAACCAAAGACGAGGUUCUCCUCCACACCAUCCAUUUACAUUACAUUACAUUACAUUUAUUUGGCAGACGCUUUUAUCCAAAGCGACGUACAAAAAGUGCAUUUCAUGGUCAUAGACAACUACUAAACACAGGUUCAGUAAGAUACCAUACUUAUUUUGUACAGCUAUUUCUAGCCAAGAACACAGUUUAGUUCACAUGGUGAACACUAUUCAGACCUAACCUCUGCAAAGCCAACUAGGCAUAAGAAUAAGCUACAGUAUUAGAACAAAAAAGUGCUGGGAUGGGGCAACAUGUUUUAGAUGAAUAUGGGUGGAGGUGUUGGGGGGGCUGGGGCCAAAGGGAGGAGGUCUUAUACGCAGUGUCAUGGCACGCUGAGAUCAAAGAAAAAAUGUCUGACUCCCGCAAGCUUGCCGUUUUGGCUGCCCUCUUCGUCAUCUUUGGAUGCGUGGCCUCAGACAGCCAUCGUCGUAUGGAUAAGGUCAUCACCCGGUGCUGCAAGUCAGUGAGUUCCAUGAUUCCGAAAAAAAUCCGCGAUGAGAUUAUCAGCUACACACACCAGAACGCCUUGGAUCCUUGUGUGCAUGCCAUCAUAUUUCAGACAAAGAACAAUGGCAAAGUUUGCACUGACCCCAACGCACGCUGGGUACCAAAGAAACUAAAAGAAUUGCAGAAACAAUCGUGAGGACAAUGUGGAAAUGGGCUUUGGAAUGGAUUCAAGGUUUUCUUCCAGGCAAAUUCUUUUCCCUGAUUAUUACUGUAUCUUACUUUAGCCCUGACUAUUAAAGUUUAAGAAAAAACUAAA